ACCAAACGACUGCUUGUUGAGACUCAAAUCACAGUCUCUCACACCACUCACCGGCCUUGUAAAUCUCUCCUAUUGAUAUUGAUUUUUAAAAUGCCCGCCGACUUUCCCUGCAAAUUCAACAAUAAUCCAUGUCCUCCACCACCACCACUACCACCCCACAGUACUGAAACUGAUCAGGGGCGUUUCAUUUUGUACCCACGAAAUAAUGAAACGAUAAAACAUUCUUUCAGCAAUUUCUACUGUGACCCUCUUGAUCAGCUUUCAUUAUUAUCCAUUUUCUCUCAGCUAUUUUCUCUGAGUUUGCAUGGAAGAAUCACACCUGGAUGAUAGCCACCAACCUCAGUCUCUUCCACCUUCAUCUUCUUCUCAUGCUCAUGCUGAUCAUGCUGCUGCUACAGGGGAUGGCGACCCUUCUUCUUCUUCUUCUUUUUUGCCAUCCACUUCACAGCUGGUUGAAGAAGAAAAUAACGAACCCCACAUUGAGAACCACGCUCAUGAUCAGCAACGACAACGACAACAAGAGCAGGAGAAUUCUGUUGUAUCUUAUCGGGUAAAUAUAUCAAUAUCUGAUGGGGUUGCUGCUGUACCAGAGAUCAGAAAUGAUGUUUGGUCCUGUGCUGUUGUGAUCCUCGCCUUUUGGUUCUUCGCAGCAUCCAUGACUCUGAUUCUGGGUUUCUUUGGAUCUGUUGAUUUACAAAUGGGUCCCAAUUGUUCACGCCUUGAACAAACAAACCCCUUCUUUGUGCAAUCCAUUCAGGCAGAGGAACUAGAUGAGGCGAAACCCGGGCCAAUGUUAUAUGGAUUCCAUGAACCCCCUCCACUAAAUGUCAAUACAACUUGGACUGAAAAGCAUAGCACAUUUGUACCUGCUAAUUCUCACAAGGAAUGGGUGUACUUCCUAAACACCGGGUCUAGUAUCAAUGUUAUAUUCCAUGUAAAGUCUCCAAGUUCCCGACCUUUAUUGCUGAUAAUUGCCAAAGGUAGAGAUAGCCUGGUUGAGUGGAUAGAAGACCCAUCAUAUCCGAAUACAACUUUGUCUUGGAAAAUAAUCCACGGACGUGGUAAGAUCCAACAGGAUAUUUCUCAGUCUUCCAGUUAUUAUAUUGCGGUGGGGAACUUGAACACCCAGGAGGUGGAGGUGGAGCUGGAGUUCACCAUUAAUUCUAUUCUUUAUAACACAAGCGAAGCCUAUUACAAGUGCUCGCUAGGAGAUCAUCUAUGUAGCUUAAGGCUUUCAUUAGGAGGGGCAUUUGCUGCUGCUGUUUUGACAUCUCCAGGUCACACAGAGGAUAAUCCUGAUGAUGACUGGUAUGUCAAACUAUCUUAUGGACCUAGAUGGCUCACUUACCUUCUUGGAUCGGGAUUUAUGACCUUGCUGAUGUUAUUAGCCUUUAGAUCAUGUAACAUGUUCCAAAGUACAGGUCAAAACAGGACAGGAUUUCAACAAGGGGAGGUUCCAACAGAAAGAACCCCAUUGCUUUUACCCAAAGACGAUGAUAUUUCAAGCUGGGGUUCAUCUUAUGAUUCUGCUUCUCAUGAGGAAGAUAAUCCAGAAGCGUGCAAAGCAGUGAGUUCCUUGGAAGCUAAGCCGGAAAAUGAAUGUGAAAACAGCAACAAUACUCGUCGUCUUUGUGUCAUUUGCUUCGAUUCUUCUAGAGAUUGCUUCUUUCUCCCUUGUGGACAUUGUGCUGCCUGCUUCACUUGUGGAACAAGAAUUGCUGAAGAGGCUGGUACGUGUCCCAUAUGCCGUAGGAGAAUGAAAAAAGUUAGGAAGAUUUUUACAGUUUGAGUUUGUGCAUAUAUGUAUAUAUAUAUAUAUAUACAUGUAUAUAUAUAUAUAUAUAUACAUUUAUAUAUACAGAUGAAUCACAUUAUGCGGCUUCCUGGAAGUGAAACUCUUAAAGAUCCACAUUGGUUAUUUUUAGGUUGCAGUGUGGAUAAAGUUGAUACAUGAUGUUAUUAGAGAUAUAAUGUUAGAAUUAUAUGACACUAUUUGAUAACCAGCUUUUCAUAACCUUAAUUUCCAAUAUGAUUGUUUGGAGCGGCUUGUCAA